AUGGCCCAAAGCCUGAAACAGGAGGCCAUCUGUGAAAUCUGCCUCCAGUUCUUCACAGAUCCCGUUUAUCUCCCAUGCUCCCACGUUUUCUGUCGGCAUUGCCUUGAUCAGUGGGAGUUGGAGAGAGAGGACUUCCUGAUAGAGUGCCCCUCGUGUAGGGCAGUCAACGAGAGAGCUAUAAGUGAUCCGCACGUGGAAGCUUACAGCCAGUGGUUGAAGCAGCACUGGGGUCUAUUAGAGAUGGAACUGUAUCUCACGGAUGAGGUGCGGAGCAUGCGGGAGGAUGUGCGCCUGGACCCAAGCACAGCCCACUCGCUGCUGCUGCUCUCCUGCGAUCUGAAGAGCGUGCAGUGUGGCACAAUCAGCCACAACACGGAGCCAGAUGCCAGCAGAGUCCCUCAGCUGGUCAGCGUGCUGGGCAGCCCCUCCUUCUCCAUGGGCUGCCAUUACUGGGAGGUGGAAAUAGAAGGCCACGAGUGGGCACUGGGGGUGUGCCGGGAAUCCGUGGACAGACAGUGCAAGGGUGAUGUGUCCUGUGAGCAAGGCUUCUGGAUCAUCAGCAAGCAGGCGGGAGAGAUCCAUGCCCACUCCCUCGAGCCACCUGAAUACCCGUGUGCCAUCCCUGACCUGCGCCGCGUGGGAAUCUUCGUGGAUAUGGAAUUCGAAGUGGUCAAGUUUUUCAAUGCUGAAAACAAUGACUGCCUCCAUGUGUACGAUUCUGUACCCUCUUGUGAGCCUCUGCGUCCCUUCUUCUCUCUAGGGCUCCCCAGGGAAGGAGCCCCAGCUGCCUCUCUCAGCUUCUUGCAAUGA